AGACUAGAAUAAUUUUUAUGACAUUAACAUGCGCUAACAAUUGUGCUGGUGAUGCUGAGAGCGAAAUGGGAAAGAAAGGUGGAUUGUUUCGUUAUGCGGAUGGAGUUGACAAAUUGCUAUUGUUGUUUGGAACUAUGGGUUGCAUAGGGGAUGGGCUACAAACACCUAUCACAAUGUUUGUUUUUGGGAGUUUGAUUGACGAUUAUGCACGUGGUUCUGGAGAUUCUGUUCCUAAGCAUAUCAUAGACAAGUACGCUCUCAAGUUGCUGUAUAUUUCCAUCGGGGUUGCUGUAUGUGCUUUUGUUGGGCCAUAA